AUGGUUUCCUACAAGCUUACUACUCUUGCUCUUCUCGCUAUUCGUGCUGUCAGCGUUUUUGCUGCACCAGAAAGUACUGAAGAUCAACGUACAGAAGCAGCAGCAGAAGGAUUCGAAACUCCCCCAACCAAUCUCGCCGUCUCAGUCGUUGCUGCAUUUCCUGAAGCAGAAAUCUUUGGUGUUAAACUCGUCAAUGGCCAUGCUUCUCGAGCCCUUCUUACAUUCCAAAACGAUGAAGCUGAAGCUGUUCAAGUAGCUGUUGUUGGUGGCUCUUUGUCUACUCUUCAGACUCUGCCAGAAGGAACUCAUCCUAGUGCUGCUAUUGUGCGCAAUUUGACCUCGACAAGAUAUGAUGUUGAGAUUCAGCCUGGUGAGGUAGAAAGUUUGACAUAUGCUUUUACUACGGAUUUGAACCCUCAAGAUUUGAGAUUGAACAUUAUUGCGGUUGUGGCUAGUCAAAAGGGUGGUGUUUAUCAAAUUCAGGCUUAUAAUGAGACUGUCGCUGUUGUUGAAGCUGCUACUAGCAUUUUCGAUCCACAAAUCAUCUUCCUCUAUCUCUUCCUCCUCGCAGUCACCGGUGGUACUCUCUACUUCGUUUACAGAACCUGGAUCGAAUCUCUCUUCCCCCAAACUCGCAAAGGUGGAAAAGGUGGUGAGCGCGCCAAGCGUUCUUCUGGAGGAAGCAAGAAGGCAGUCGAUGUUAAGGAUCAAGUCUCUGUUAUCGGUGCUGAUGGUCCAGCUGUUACAACUCAAUCUUUGGCUCAACAAGCUUAUGAUGAGAGCUGGAUCCCAGACCACCACAUCAACCGUCCUUCCGCAAGACGUGUUAAGAGCGGUGGCUCGAGAAUCAAGACAAAGGUCGUUUCUGAGUAA